AUGGCGCCUAACCUGACCUACGUCACGCAGGAGCCUAAAGACGUCACCCAUCGGUCGGCUUAUGACGAGAUUCUCGCCCUGCCGGAUAGAAACGAGUCUAUUCGCCGACUGUUCGAGACUCACGACGUCAGUAACGAGUCGUACUCGCUUUUGAGUCUUCACGCAUGCGCCUUCACGUGUUGCCUACUGCUACUUCCAAAAGUGGGAUGCACUUUCUGGAUCCGAGUCUUCUCUUUUCUCAACAACUUUACGGGAGACGCUGGGCGCGUCAAAUCGCCUUGGGAACUCAAGAGGAAUGCCGUUCAUAGCAACCGACACUCCCACGGUCAGAAGUGGGAGGCAGUGGCCCAAGAGGUGCAGGACUACAUGCGCUUCGUUUUCGUUCGGCACCCGUUCUCCCGCCUGUGGAGUGCCUACCUGGACAAGCUGUACCUGCCCGACCUCUGGCGGGCAGCGGGUGUGACGGUAGUCGCCAAGCUGCGCAACAGCAGCGCCACAGCAAAGGCCAAACGCUGCGGAAAUGACGUCACCUUCCGGGAGUUUUUGGAGUACUCCCUGGAGGUGAAGGAUUUGCACUGGGACCCGAUCUUCCAGCGCUGCGAUCCCUGCACCUACCGCCCCACCGUCAUCGGAAACAUUGAGACCUUCGAGAGAGACAGCCUCUUUGUGCUGCGCCGCAUGGGGAUGGAGUGGGUGCUGAAGCACUUGGAUCAGCAGGCGCAGGUGGAGCAGGAGCUGUCCACGCUCAUCGUGUACAACUUUGACAUCCUGCACUCGCGCACCUACUACCAGGGCUGCCUAGACGACGACGGCUUGGCGCGACGCCUGUGGGCCACCUUUCAGAUGAACGGCUACAUUCCCAACGACGCCAACUACUUUCCGCCAUGCGCUAACGGCACCAUCGCUAACGAUGUGCUUUUCGUGGACUCGUUCCUGAAGCAGGUGCUGGACACUGUUAGGAAGGCAUAUAACCGGAAGGACGAACUGAAAGAGCAGAAACGACGAGCCCUUCAUGACGCCUUCGACGCAGUCUCCAACACGUUGCUGGAAAAGCUCCUCGCGAAAUACCAGUUGGAUAUGUUACUGUUCGGGUUCAACGAACACGACUUCUAGACUCCAUUUCUUAAUUACCUUGAAUUUCAACCAGGUGGUAGGCCAUUCUCGACCAGUUCUGACUCCAAAUAUUAAUAUAGCAGAAGCUUACGGUCGCUAGACGGUACAAGAAUGAAUUUGAUGCCAGACUUAAUUUUUACUAGGAACCAGCCGAGACUUUUGUGCCAACACAAUGAAUGCAGCAACUGCGAUGGGCUGGAUGAAGUAUUUAAGAUGCAUAGGGAUGAAGGUCAGUGAAAUGACCUGAGUGAACUACUGGCGAUGUAUAAUGAUGUGCACAAAACUGAAGCCAAUCGAGUCAGCACGUGGACUGGAUAGUUAGACACAAGUUGUGACUAGUUAUUAACGUGUAAAUAGUGUCAAAGCCUACGUUUUGCUUAUCGGGAUAGGCUGAUAGCCUUUGAUGCUGAGAGUUUAGGGAGUGGAUUGAGGGGUACUACUUUGCGACCCGUUAUAGCGGUAGCAAAUAGCAGCGAUAUCGUCUUCAUUUUGUUCGCUGUGAUAUACCAAAACUAUACCGCCAGUUCACUUCUGGUAAUGGAUGCGAUUGUCUUCUCUAGAUUCUCCCAGGAGGUUUUUGGUUGUGAGGUGGCAGUUUUCUUUCGUCGCUACUCGACUGUAACCGGCACACUGUGAUAUCACUCUUGGUCUCAGUAUUAAUUCAUGUUGUCAGUAUGAAUAAUUCACCGUCCACACCACACUGCAUCAUACCAGAGCGUGAACCUCUGGUCAUUGGUAAACAUUUAUGAAUUCACAAAGUUCGAAAAUUGUGUAGAAAUAUUUCUUUUAGAAUGACGUUUGUUCGACAUUAAGCUAUUGCUAAGUUUUGUAUUUAACCUACUUACUGCUCUAUUAUUACCUAUACAUUCGUACUUUAUUUUCAAGUCUAAUAAAAACUUACAAUAUCUAUAUGUAGUUUUGGGUGGUCACGGCAAACAUUUUGAGUCUACAUUGAAGUGCAAGGAACCUUCGAGCAACGUAUAGCGGUCCGGUGGCGUAACGGUUAGCGCCUGUCACCAAUACAGUGAAGGUUGGCUGCCCAGAGUUCAUUUCUCGUCUCGGGCAUGCGGUUCUUUCUCUGCACGUGGCAUCUGUUUACAGGGCUGGCUGCCUUGCCGUAAUGUAGCCUCAGUUGCUGGCACGGCGUAAAACACCAAUCCCCCCCACCCUCGAGCAACGUAACCCAAGUGUAGUUUCUCUUGUGUCAACGGAAAGUUAUAGAAAUGAAAUAAUGAUUAUCACUAACAACACAGACACCCAGACGCUUACUUUGCUGCCUUUUCAAUAUUUGAAUGGUCUUCUGGAAGAAACGACGAAAAGUCCACGUCAUCGCCGUCAGGUGUGAUCAGGUGAUAUCUAGUAUGUUAUGUAAUGUAGUAUAUUCGGGCGGCUGAUGGGGCUGUCCACUGAAUAAAUGCGAUGUUUAAAGAAAAUCAGAAUAGAAUUUGUUGAUGUUUAUGGCUCGUUUAGCAAAGUUUGCUGGUGGAUCUGGACCGAAACAGAAACAACGAUAACCGAUGAAAGUGAAGCAAUACAAA